GCCUACUGAAGGGUGUGCUUUUAGAUCUGCGGCUGUCACUAACUAAGGGUCAGGACCAUCCUGUCUGUUAACAGUCAGUGUCCUGUAACGCCAAAUAGCCACAGGAGAGGACAUACAUCUUGAUGUCUGGAAUGUGUACGGUAACCGAGGAGUCGGUAGAGAUAGUCCUGUUCAUACGAGGGAAAUUCUACAGAAGUCAGUGUCUUCUUCUAACAGGGAAAGAGAGUUUGUUCACCGGGGCACAUUCAUGGUUUUAGGGCCGGGGUCCGAGGACUCACUUUAUCCACACCAUUCCGCCUGACUUCCCGAGCAGCAGCAGCGGCUGCCCCUUCGCCACAUCCCCGAUGGAGGCAGCUUUGUGGAUCUUCGCCAGGUCCUUGACCCGGAGGAGGGAUCCUGCUCUGGGGCCCAAAGCUCGGACCCCGCUCUCCCUCCUCGGGGGGAAGGAGGCUCGAGAGGGAGGCAGCUCUCUCUUGCUGCCCACGGUGAAAACCAUUUUCAUUAUGCCAGCGGGCUUCAGAGAGGGUCUGCAGGACUCGCGAGGAGUUCUCCCUUGGCCUCUCAGCUUCUCCGGGCCCUCGCCUACGCUCUAGAAAACUUCCACGGCCGGAAGCUGGAGGUUGAGAGACUCCAGAGCACACAAGUAUAAAAGAUUCAACCCUAGAGAGGCUUGUAGCCCUGGAAAGCCGCGAGGGGGCCUGAACUGAGCAUGCGUCUGUCAGAUCCGCGGGUCCCGCGCAUGGGCCCAAAGUUUGUCCCAAGAAGACUCCCAGGAGAAAAGGCCAAAGGAGAUGGGUUCCCUGGAGGCCCAGCUGGCUGGCCUGAGGCAGGAGCUGGCGGCCGUCAGCCAAAGACAAGCUGCAGUGGCCAAAGAAAUACACCUUUGGCGAGAAAAGAUGGUGGCCCUGUGCAGUGACGAAGUGCAUAAGAUCAUGCAGCAGGCCCUGAAACUCUACAGUGAAGAUCACAUUGAACUGGUGGAUUAUGCCCUGGAGUCCUCAGGGGCCAGCAUCCUCAGUAGCCAAAGCUUAGAGACCUAUGGCACCAGGAUGUCUGUUAUCAGUCUGUUUGGCAUAACCUUGUGGUACCAUUUCCAGAUCCAAAGAGCCAUCCACCAGGUAGGGCUGAACAGAGGUCCCCCAGGUUGGCUCUCUGUCUGCCGUCUCCUCCUUCAUCUGUGGGGGCUGGGCUCUCAAGGCAAGGGGGCCCCAGGAUCCAGAUCUGUUCCAUGUGCUACCACCUUUUACGUGAUUUGUCUUCUGCCCAUAGCCAAAUGUCUACCCUGGCAAGUGCUGGGCAUUUCAGGGCUCCCAGGGCUCCACCUCAUUGCUGUCACCUUGGAGCAUGUGCCCAAAGCCCUGUACCUAAUCAGCAAACAUCACCAGCACUCCCAAAGGCUUUGUCAUCUUGGUGAGUACCUGGACCUUGCAGUUCUUUCUAAAACCGAGGAAAGCCCUUUCUUAACAGCAGCGUUUCGAGGUGAGGAAUGGAAGGAUCUGCCCAUCGUGCAGACGGGACAUCGAGUUUCUUCUCUUGACUCUUUGGGGCCAGCCCUUCUGCUCCUCCCCCUGUUCUUAGGAAGGAGCCAGGAAAAGACAAUGACAGCAGCAAGAACAGCCAAGAUUGUAAUUUGUCUUAGAGUUGGGAAGGGAAGGGGAUCACCUUUUCCUACACAGUCAUCUACUGAGAAGAGAGAUGGAACAUCUACGUAAGGUGGAAUUGGGAGAAAAGAUGGAGCUAGAAGAGGUCAAAUAUGCAAGGGAGAGAGGGAGGUAGUUCCCAGGUGCCUGGCCAGCACACCAACUUCAAGAAGAGUUCCCUCAGAAAAUCCAGAAGUGGGAAAUGCCUCUCACCAGCUGCUCACCUGGACAAAGUCACCUAUAACAUCUCUGAAUGCUCCUCAAGAUACUUCUCUGAGGAUGACUGUGCAGGUUGGCUCUUUCACCUGUUCCACUGCUGCUUCAGAAAUACCUGGUACCACCUGACCACAGCUGCCUCCCUGCAGGACCUCUUUGUCUUAAUCAGGUUAGUGAGGCCUCCCCCAGGCCUGUCAUAAUCAAAUAUCCACUGUUCCAACUGACUUCACAGUCCUUGAGACCAAUUUCCUUUUAGGCUUUGCCUAAUUAAUAAUAAUAAUAAUACAGAAGAAAGUCAUAAAAAAAAAAUCCCUGAGGCACCAGUGUGGAAAAGGGUGACUGAGUGACCUAAACAGAAAAAUAAAGGGGCUGCACUGGGAAGACAUAUAUAUGAUGGGGAAUGGGAGUAGAGCCACGAGGACAAUUUGGCUGUCCUGGAGGGCCUGGUGAGCUGAUAGCAAGCCUCCCUGAAGGAGGACUUCCAAAGGGACACCACUGUCCACAUCAAGGUGAGGUGAAAGCAGGAGCUGCCCACCUGUCCUCCUGAUAACACCAGGUUACCAGGACCAGCCUCUCUAGGUUUGAUCCAAUAGCACCCAUGGAGGUCAGGGAAGUCUUGAGGUGAAGCAGUACUCUGGGGUUGCCACAGCCUGAAAAGUUCUCUGGGUUUUGUUGAAUGUCUGUCUCCUUUUCUGUGCUCCCUAGGAAGAUCUGACCACCCUCUGGGCAGAAGAACACUUAGAUUUUGAUCACAUACUAAAGAACAUUCCUAGGGCCUGCCAAGUAAUCCAGAAACUCAGAUGUUUCUGUAAGCAGGGACUAUGGAGGUGGGCAUCUUGGAGGAGGUUGUUUUUGGCUGAAUCAGCAUUCUCAAAAGGUUGAUGCUGCUCUCAGGAGCCUGGAACUAGGCUAUGAGGUUCUCCUUGGAUUCCUUACUUGUCUAGGAGCAUCUUAGAUUGACAGAGACUCUGCUCUUGCUGAGAGAUGGCCACUUGCUGAGAGAGCUAUCAGAGGACUCAGGGUCCCCUUGUUUG